CGUAUAAGUUAUCGUAUAUCUGUGGUAUAACCUUUGUAAACAAAAAAAAUAUUAAAAAAUCUUCAAAUCCAAAACAAAUUAAUUAAAAAAAAAUUAAUAAUGAAUAAAACACCCACAAAACUCACUGAUAACUCUUAUGUUUUUACAGCAAAAGAAAUAACUACACCCAACAAAGACAGUCCUGGCAUAUGUAGAACUGUAUAUGCCCAUGUUGCCAAUUUACACAAUUUACUUAGCGAUUGGGAGAAAUUGAAGGAAAAAGGCACUAAAGUAACCAAGUCUGUGUCAGCUCUAAAGCUCCAUGAGUGUACUGAUGAUUAUUAUCCACAUCAGCUGCAUCCUCUUAUGGAGAUGCUUUUAGAAGCAUUAAAUGGACUCCGUAAUAUUGUUGAAGGUGUGAGAAUAAUUAACAAACAAUUGAAAGCACUUGCUGCACUUGACAAAUCAAAUGAUAGAGUAAUAUUUACAUGGACAAUUCAAAAGUUCUCAACAACUGUAGAUGAAAUAUGUACCUCUUUAUGCAAAGAAAUUCAUUUAAAGGAAACAGUGACAGAAAACCUUGCACACUGUAGAAAUGAAAGCCUUAUAGAAGUGUAUGUGUCUGCGUGGGAACUAGAAGCCUAUUACAACACUGAAAUGAGUGCUUACUUAUUUGCUGAUAUAGGAUUAUUGGGUAUUCCGUGACAAUGAAGUAAGUGCUCGACAUAUAUUUCCCUUUUUUUUAUGAUGUUUAUUAAUCCAUUUCUGCAAAAAUAUACUUUAAUGUAUUAUUUGUAGUAUUUAUAAAUAGCAUAUAUAUAUAUAUAUUUUUUUUUUAUUCCAAUAAUAAAAAACGUAUAAUUAGAAACACUAGCAACUUGACAUUAUGUAAGAUACUUCACUGCAAUCGUUUUUAUUUUUAAAUUAAAUAAUAAAUAAGACAACAAUAA